AUGUGCGAUCGCUACUCAGUUCCGUCGUUGGAGGACACGUGUGUCCGAUGGAUAUCCAAAAAUCUCCACUCUGUCAUUACGAAGUGUUCAGACUGUGUGGAACCAAAAUAUGUGUGGCGUUUUCCUUGGCCAGACUGUAGAAUCAUCGCUCGUCCUGCAGAAAAAAUCCUUCUCAAGUUAUGCAAACGUCAAAUUUUAAGGGAUGAGUAUCUUAACCUCUUCUCAUCGAAGUACGUCGACCUUAUAUCGCCGGUCCUGCGCGAUGUCCCCGUAACAUCGUCUGCUCUGCGUAUUCUUCGUGACUUUAAGCUAUACAACCUCACUGCAACUAACCUGAAACAAGUGAAUCUUAACGGCCUUAUUGGUUGCCUUGGGGAGGCUUCGGCAGAGAACCUGGUGUCGCUCAACGUCUCCAACGCAAAUAUCGAAGAAAACAAGUUACCCGUGAUUGUUUCGUUGGGUCGACUUAAGAAUCUCCAAGUUCUUAAUGUCAGCCGGACCAGAUUCACUUCGGAGUGUCUGCAGAACACUGUCAAGCUGCUCCCCCGUCUCCGUUACUUGAAUAUUUCUCGAACCAACAUCAACAAUAUCACUGCUUUGCUAGAUUUGCGUGAAACGCUUACCGGUCUGAUAAUGCACAGGCUAACAUUGGACAGCAAAUCACACGAAAAAGUGCUCCUUACAGUGCUCGAGCUGAAGGCGCUUCGUGUUCUGGACGUGUCGUCUGCGCCUGAUCAAGAUAAGCCCAGGCUGCCCGCGGUCGAUCGACUCUGCGCCCCUGGCGCCCUUCCUCACCUUACUCAUUUUGAUAUUUGCGGAAACCAGUUUAGUUUGAGGCUUAGUGACGUCAAAAGUUUCAUUGAAAACCACCCAAAGCUAGAGUUUAUUGGACUUGCAGCUUGGCCAACCAGGCAAAAUUACGAAUUUGAAGGUAUCUACCAACUCUCUCUGAAGUAUCCCCACAUUACGAUAUUGGGAGAUCGUGGUGAGAAGCCUCUACUGGCCUCUUUGACUCGCAACAAGGAUCGACGACUCUACCUCCAGAACGCCUUCCACAACAUCUUCGAGGAAACAAGCUCUCGCGAGUGGUUGAACCCCGAUCUGCUUGCUGCCGUGCUACGAGUGAUGCGUCUGCACAUGAACAGACCGGAGAUGAUUCUGGCGGGCACCGCAGUAGUCUACAACCUGACUCGAGGCGAGCAGUCGGCCCAGUUGCCUCUGGAACUGCUCAACCGCGCCGUGAGCAUCACCCUCAUGUCCAUCGAGCACCACCAAACUCAGGUCCAACUACUCAAAAACUGCUUUCUUACGCUCUGCAGUGACAACGUCCUCCAUCGUGCGUACCUUUUCCUUAUUCUUCUCGUCCACUAUCACUUCCACCACCACCGCCACCACCAUCUCUUAGACCACUUUCCACCUCCACCAUCACCACCACCUCUUUCACACUCCCACCAUCACUUCCAGUACCUUUUCCUUAUUCUUCUCGUCCACCACCGCCACCACCACCUCUUACACCACUUUCCACCUCCACCACUAGCAACACCACCACCUCUUCCACACUCCCACCAUCACUUCCAGUACCUUUUCCUUAUUCUUCUCGUCCACUAUCACUUCCACCGCCACCACCAGCUGUCGUUUGUCGCGUCGUGUGUGUUAACUCCCCUGCUAAUCCAAUUCAGUUGCAAGCGCUGCUUCGAGCUGGUCUUCAGGAGCCUCAUCAACUUCAACGACGUCCACAUGAAACGCAUGGGCGUCGCCAUCAUCUCAAUUCUAGCUGCUGAGAUCCCCACCGCCGACUUGCGUGAGCUCUCCUCCGACCGCAAACGCCUCCAGCAGCUGCUGAUGUACGUGGUGGAGAAGUGUCUAUUGCGCAGCGACGUGGACGCGCUGCUCGCCGAACCGCACAACCAGAUGCUCAACUACCUCAAGUACGCCCAAGUGCCCGAGACCGGCUCCCCCGUCUACGACACCACCCUCCGCUUCACGCUCUCCGCCCUGUGGAACCUCACCGACGAGUGUCCGGAGGCGUGCCAGGCGUUCGUCCACGUCGGCGGCCUCCUCAUCUACGCCAAGGUCCUGAAGGUGCGUCGUGUUCCACGAGUCGGCAGUGGCCUUCUCUGUCCACAAAUCAAAGUGGCAGAUGAAGAGGAGGACUUCAAGAACCACGUGUACACCAAGUGUUUGGGGUUGCUAAACAACGUGGCCGAAGUGCGGUGCACCAAGAACACCCUCCUAAUGGAGCCACUGAUGGACUUCUUCAACAAAAUGCUGAGCCAUCCAAGCAUCCAAAUCAGCUACUUCGCCGCGGGCAUUGUGUCGCACCUGGCGUGCCUCUCCGACGACACGUGGUUCUCCGCGCUGCAGUUCAACAAGUCCGACUACAUCCGCGUGCUGGGGGAAGCUGUGUGCAAGUGGUCGCCGCCGCAAAACGAGAUGGUCGCCUACCGCUCCUUCCAGCCCUUCCAGUCGUUGAUCCUCGAUCCCAACAGCCGACUGGAGAUGCACCUGUGGGCUGUGUGGGCGAUUCACCACAUCCUCACGAAGAAAAAUUCGCGCUACGUGCCAGUUCUACGCGAGUGUCCAUACCUCCAGCGCUUCCUGCUCUACGUUGUGUCGGUGGACGCUGCCACGCUGUGCCUUCCGCACUACCACCUGGACAAUUUCCUUCAAAACCGCAAUCUCAGCGUCUCCAGCAGUCUGGCCAUUCCAGAAUCCUGGCGAUCACUUGGUUCUACACCGAUCUGGGCUACCCAUCUGGACCUGAGUAAUCAUAACAACGCCGCCUCGGAAGCACCCUCGACAAGUGCGCCGUUUCUGGUGCCUAGCGACUCCCUGGCGCGUCUGCCCGCCUUCGAUUUGUCCAGCGACAAGCCAGUAACCCACCAGCAGGCGGCAUCGAUCGGUCCGACAGACGCACAGCUGACGUGCGCUGCGUUGCUACAGCGACUGGCCUCGGAGAUAAUCGACGCAGUGCGCCAAUUCGAGACCGAGUCGGCGCGUUGA